AUGCCAGCAGACUUUAGUGGAAAAUGGAUACUGGAAUCCAGUGAGAAAUUUGAGGAUUACUUGAAAGUACUGAAUAUUGACUUUGCUACAAGGAAAAUUGCCAUCUCCCUAUCUCAGACCAAAGUGGUUUUCCAAGAUGGGGACAAGUUUGACUUCAAAACACUGAGCACCUUUAGGAAUUAUGAGCUGGCCUUCACUGUAGGGGUGGAGUUUGAUGAGUACACCAAGGGACUAGACAACAGAAAUGUCAAGAGUCUGGUGAAGUGGGAUGGGGACAAGCUUGUGUGCACUCAGAAAGGCGAGAAGGCCAACCGUGGCUGGAAGCACUGGACUGAAGGAGACAAACUCUACCUGGAGCUGACAUGUGAAAGUGUAGUUUGUCGUCAGGUGUUCAAGAAAAAAGAAUAA